CACUCUCCGUGUGUUUAGUUUUUCAUGUUGUAACAUUAACAUGAUGUCUUGUCCUUUUUUAAAUCAAUAGCAGUUAAUUAAAGGCUGGAGGAAGCGCUUUGAUAAUGCGUCCCCUCGAGUCUCACAGAGCAGCGCACUCCUUGGCGUGUCUCAUUGCUGGUGACUCUUCUGCUGCUGUGGACGCGGCUCUGUUGCCUGGUUUAGUUCGCAGCGCAGUCUGAGGAAGAUUCUAAAUCUGUGCCGCUGGACAGCAGGGAGGAAUACUGUCCUGGAUAAAGAAUAGGAGACAAGAGUACAGUUUAAGAGAAACUAAAUAAAAGCAUGGGGUAGAAAUAGCAGAGGUUACUGCCUGGAAGUUUACUCGUAAAGAAUGACCUUUCUGCGACCCUGUGCUGUAUUUACCAAAAACAAGUUCACACGCCCUGAACCUGCAAGACUAGCGAAGAGAAAGCUAUGAAACUGCGAGCAUGCCUGCGCCAUUGUGGAUCUGUUUGUGACAACGACGCUCAACUUGAAUUAACCUGAUAUACUUCUAAAAAACAUUAUCAGGGGUAUCGCGUUAGUGUUUGAACAUCUCAUUCGGAAGAAGAGGACGGGAAAUAUCAAUAUAAUUACACGAAACACAGAUUAUAUAUCUGCGUGAAACUCGCAGCAUCGACGCUGCUGCCGCCGGAUAGAGAAAGGACUAUACCAACUCCGGCAUGGGGGAGGGGUUACCUGAAUUCAAAUUGUAUUCACUGGGAAAAAUAUAGAGCUACAAACAGCUCGAUUAUGAUGUUAAAAUUGAAAGUCAUAUUCAUUUUUUAUUAAAAGAUCCCCGGUAUCACGAUUCCCUUUGCGGUCCAUAUUAGAUGAAUUGUCAGACCGCGCUGAUCAGUUUGUAUUUUGUGAUUGGUAUAUUCCUCGUCCUGUGGGAGACAGACCCGUUCAGACACUGAGGGAGAGCAGAGAGGAGAUCUGAAGAGCAGAAAGGACACAUUCACUGAGGAGACGGUCAGAGCGAGUGACUGGAGCACUAGAGCCGUGCUGCACAUCCCACUGACAAGACCUGAAGACUGCCUUAUCUUGGUGAAAGCCAAGGAACAAAGAUGGAGUCCGUUUACAUUAAACAGGAGGAGGUUCAGGAAUUGGUACCUGUCAGCAUUAAACAGGAGAUGCCUGAACUGGAGCCUGUCCACAUGAAAGAAGAGACUGAACUGGAGCCUGUCCACAUUAAACAAGAGACUGAACUGGAGCCUGUCCACAUUAAAGAAGAAGAGACUGAACUGGAGCCUGUCCACAUUAAAGAAGAGACUGUACUGGAGCCUGUCCACAUUAAAGAAGAAGAGACUGAACUGAAGCCUGUCCACAUUAAAGAAGAAGAGACUGAACUGGAGCCUGUCCACAUUAAACAAGAGACUGAACUGGAGCCUGUCCACAUUAAACAAGAGACUGUACUGGAGCCUGUCCACAUUAAAGAAGAAGAGACUGAACUGAAGCCUGUCCACAUUAAAGAAGAAGAGACUGUACUGGAGCCUGUCCACAUUAAAGAAGAAGAGACUGAACUGAAGCCUGUCCACAUUAAAGAAGAAGAGACUGAACUGGAGCCUGUCCACAUUAAACAAGAGACUGAACUGGAGCCUGUCCACAUUAAAGAAGAAGAUACUGAACUGAAGCCUGUCCACAUUAAAGAGGAAGAGACUGAUCUGGAGCCUGUCCACAUUGAAGAGUCUAUUGACUUGUUGUUUAAGGAUACAGAAAAAAUGUCCCGGCCAAAGAUAUCACAUCAGUGUAAUGAAUGUGUGAAGAGCUUCAGCCGGCCAAGAAGCCUAAAAACACACCAGCGAAUUCACACUGGAGAGAAGCCAUAUCACUGUACUGAAUGUGGGGAGAGCUUCAAUGCGUCAGGAAGCCUAAAAAAACACCAGCGACUUCACACUGGAGAGAAGCCAUAUCAAUGUACUGAAUGUGGAAAGAGCUUCCGUAAGUUAGGAGCCCUAAAAAAUCACCAGCUAAUUCACACUGGAGAGAAGCCACACCACUGUACUGAAUGUGGAAAGAGCUUCCGUGAGUUAGGAGCCCUAAAAAAACACAAGCUAAUUCACACUGGAGAGAAGCCGCACCACUGUACUGAAUGUGGAAAGAGCUUCCGUAAGUUAGGAGCCCUAAAAAAUCACCAGCUAAUUCACACUGGAGAGAAGCCACACCACUGUACUGAAUGUGGAAAGAGCUUCCGUGAGUUAGGAAGCCUAAAAAGACACCAGCGAAUUCACACUGGAGAGAAGCCAUAUCAAUGUACUGAAUGUGGGGAGAGCUUCAGUGAGUCAGGAAACCUGAAUAGACACCAACACAUUCACACUGGAGAGAAGCCGUAUCACUGUGUUCAAUGUGGGAAAAGCUUCACUGACAAAGGAACACUAAACAAACACCAGCGAAUUCACACUGGAGAGAAGCCAUAUCACUGUACGGAAUGUGGAAAGAGCUUCAAUGCGUCAGGAGACCUAAAAAGACACCAUCGAUUUCACACUGGAGAGAAGCCAUAUCACUGUUCUGAAUGUGAGAAAAGCUUCACUGACAAAGGAAAACUAAAAAAACACCAGCGAAUUCACACUGGAGAGAAGCCGUAUCACUGUGUUGAAUGUGGGGAGAGCUUUAGGCAGUCAGGAACACUAAAAACACACCAGCAAAUUCACACUGGAGCCAGCCUCCCUCCCUCCCAGUCCCUCACCUCUCCACCCUGCUUGUUUGAGUGUGUGGAGAGCUGACUGAUUCCUUGUCUCUCUCUCACCCUGCAGUAAAUGAAGGGGGUCCCCAGGAGUGAGAGCCAGCCUGAAUCCAGAGACACUGAGAAAGGGAGCGUGUCAAACUGAAGGAGACAGACCCAUUCUUUCAGAAUGAACUGCAUUGGAAAUGAAUCUCACUCAUCAUGCUGUGAGGAUUCAUGCCAAGCUUGUUUCUGUGAACACAUUAAACAAAGAUGCCAAAAACACAUCCUAUUUUUAAAAUACCAUUACUGUACCAAAAGUAGAAGAAACUAAAACUAAGAAUAUGUUCCUGGGUGUGGCAGCAGUGUGUGUUUCAUCUCACUAGAAUGGCCUCUAAGCUAUUGCACCAGUGCAAGCACAAGCUGAAACAACCUUUUUUUUAUUUGAUGUGGUGCAAACUUUUCCCUGCUUUGCUGAGUGUUUAAAGCGCACAUAAGGACCUUUUUAUUUGAUUGUGUUGCAUGUUCCCAUGUGUUGCUACAACUGUUUACGUAAGGUGUGUGUAUUCUUUAAUUUUUUUUUUACAUUUUGACCACUUUUUUAAACUUUUAAAUUGCAUUCACUGUCUCAAGAUGGCUUCCCAUGUACCCGCAUGGACCUCUCAGAACUUUCCCAUCAUCCUCCUGCUCACAUGUAACACAAUAAAAUAAAAAGGUCCUUCUGUACCCUUUAAGUACCAAGAACCUCCCAGCUUGUUGUAUACUGGAGCCCUAUCAUUUUAGUAGAGCUGUAUAAAUAUACUGUAAAACAUAAGUUUGCAAGCAAACAAUUCACAAAAUGUGCAUUUACUCAAAUCUGCAAAACCUACAUGCUGCAACAUUACCAUUAUUACUACAUUCAUCGUUUAUAUAGUUUGAGUAACUUAUCUAAACAAUCUGCAGAAUGAAGCUGCCUCAGACUGUUUGACAGUAACAGAGCUGGUGCUUUUGUGGAAUCAACAUUAGCUGUUUAUUCCUUUGGGCAAAAUAUGGCUUGUUUGCUUGUAUUUGGUAUCAGUAUGCUAUCAUUAAAUUGACAAUACAGUACAUCCAAAGGCAGGCUUAGUUAUUUUUAAAGGAUGUCAUUGAAAUUGAGUUUGAUUUCCUGUACGUUUUCCAGUAUCUGUGUAUAUAAAGGGCACAUUAUUAUGUUUCCAUUACCUCUGUAUGUAAAAGGUUUGUCAUUGUUUAAACUGUCAAUGAUUCCUGAGAUACAGAUCUGCAGUGGAACUGAACAAACACAAGGGAGACAUUGAAAAAGGGGAAGAUGCUGCUGCUUGUGGUGAAUAUUCCCUGAAUAUGAUAUUAAUACAUGAAAGUGUAUUAUAAAUGUAACUGGACAGAUUAAUGAAAUCUCUGUCUCUUGAAGAAAAAGGGCUCCUUUCCUGCAGACACACUGAACUGUGUGACCCCUGAACUAGGUGAGCAGGGCUGGGUGGCAUCUGGACUGGAUUAGGCUGAAAGGACAGUUGAAUUCUGUACAGAUAAUUCACAGCGGCAACAACAAGCGGUUUGACAUGAGGAAGACAUAAAGCAUCGCUGUCCUAGCGGAAAAGGACAUUAAAACAUCAAAGGACUGAGUGUUGAGAGGCAGUAUCCACAAAGGACCUCAUGUGGAGAGCUGCUUAGCAGAGAGAAAGACUAUAAAUAUUCAAGCAAAACUAAACAUGUUGUGCUCCACUUUGACUGCUAAACUAAUUGCUGUCACUCUGCUAUACCAAGCUGCAACUCCGGGACUCUGACUGAGAACACGACCCAAAAAGGGAAGGCAAGCUAGUAAACGACCAAAUGCAAAGAGCCUGAGGCCUGGCUGGAGGACUGCCGUAAAACUUAGAGACUUUCAUCAGACAAACAAGUCUGAGUCUGCUGUACCUAAGCCAGUAUAGUUCCAGUUGCAUUUUUCUCUCAUGAAACUAAAUUAAUUAAUUGUAACACAUUCACAUACAAUUGAACUGUUAAUUGUUUAGUUUGCACACCUUGCAUGUGAAACUUGAAGUAAUUAGAAGUAAUCUACCUCAUAGCUGUAUGAAGAAUUUAUUUUAAAGUAAGCUUGCUAUAUGGUUAAACAAUUUCCUAUUAGUAAGCUUUAGUGUGAUCUGUUGUAAGAUUGUCUGAACCAUUUCAGUUUAGGCUGUGUGUGUGUGUGUGUGUGAGAGUGUACAGUGUCAUAUUUCACUGGCCCUGCUAGCUGCUUUAACACAGGCUGAGAGCUUUGACUUUAUGACUGUUAUGCUUAGAAAACUAAGAUUGACUUUCUGACUUUUGUGAUUUCUGUUUAAUAUUUAUGCUCUGAAUACAAUACUACUAUUGAUGAAACAUUCCUUGUGUCUAGAGUGUGUAUGUGGGUUCAUAGUAAAUCCUCAAUCGUGUAAAACAUCAAUUAAAUAUUUUUUAUAAGAUAACUAAUCAAUCUAGAUAAAACUCUAAACUCUCAAUUAUAAAAUGGAGGACCACCAGAUUAAGACCCUGUCAUGGCCAGCCUAAUCUCCAGACCUGAACCCCAUUGAAAACCUCUGGAAUGUGAUCAAGAGGAAGAUGGAUGGUCACAAGCCAUCAAACAAAGCCGAGCUGCUUGAAUUUUUGCGCCAGGAGUGGCGUAAAGUCACCCAACAUCAAUGUGAAAGACGCAUGAAAGCUGUGCUUGAAAAUCAGGGUUAUUCCACCAAAUAUUGAUUUCUGAACUCUUCCUAAGUUAAAACAUUAGUAUUGUGUUGUUUAAAA